AUGUUAACGAUAUUCACAAACUCUAAAUUGUUGUGGGGACUGUGGCAAAUUGUGAGCUACUGCAGUUCUCGGACGACGCUGCCUCUCUUGCUGACAGCGGGCGUCGUGUUCUUGGCUGCACGUUUGGUGAUUGUGCUUCGGGAGAUGCGCAAACUGCCCCCGGGACCAUGGGGACCACCGGUCGUCGGUUACCUGCCUUUUCUUGGUGUUCGCCAUAAAACCUUCCUGGAGCUCGCAAGAAGCUACGGUGCUCUGUUUUCGGCUCGGCUUGGCAAUCAAUUAACAGUCGUUCUUAGCGACUACAAGCUUAUUAGGGAAGCUUUUCGCCGGGAGGAGUUUACUGGUCGUCCUAGUACUCCACUCAUGCAUACAUUGGAUGGUCUAGGUAUCAUCAACAGCGAAGGUCGUCUGUGGAAAAGUCAACGCCGGUUCCUACACGAAAAACUUCGUGAAUUUGGCAUGACUUACAUGGGCAACGGCAAGAAAAUUAUGGAAGGCAGAAUCAAGAGUGAGGUUUACGAGUUGAUAGAGAAUUUACAACGCUCGGAAGGUGCGCCCAUAGACGCAAACCCUAUGCUCGCUUUGGGCGUAUCAAACGUAAUCUGCGGUAUCACCAUGUCUGUACACUUCAGUCACGGAGAUUUACGUUUUGAAAGGCUCAACCAUCUCAUUGAAGAAGGCAUGCGACUGUUUGGCGAAAUACAUUACGGAGAAUACAUACCACUGUAUAAUUAUCUACCCGGUAAGGCUCAAGCACAGGAGAAAGUGGCUAAAAAUCGCGAAGAAAUGUUCGCAUUUUAUCAGACUCUUAUUGAUGAACAUCGCGACACCCUUGACGUUAAUAACGCCAGAGAUCUCAUUGAUGUCUAUCUCAUCGAAAUAGAAAAAGCGAAGAAUGAAGGUAGAGCCGGUGAAUUGUUCGAAGGUAGAGAUCAUGAGCUACAAAUCAAACAAAUUCUCGGUGAUCUAUUUUCUGCUGGGAUGGAGACGAUCAAGUCUUCCCUUUUGUGGAUGAUUGUUUUUAUGUUAAGAAACCCAGAUGUAAAGAGACGAGUUCAAGAAGAAUUAGAUCGUGUUGUUGGCCGAGAGCGUUUACCUACUAUUGAAGAUAUGCCCAAUCUGCCUUACACCGAAACAACAAUUUUAGAAACACUACGCAUGUCCAGCAUUGUCCCCUUAGCCACCACACAUUCACCUACAAAGGACGUUCACCUUAACGGCUACAGAAUUCCAGCGGGAUCUCAAGUUGUUCCCCUCAUCAAUUGCGUACACAUGGACCCCAAUCUCUGGGAUGAGCCAAACAAGUUCAAUCCUAGCAGAUUUAUUGAUGACACCGGUAAAAUCAAGCGCCCAGAGUACUUUAUGCCCUUUGGAGUUGGUCGCCGUAUGUGUUUAGGAGACGUGCUCGCCCGUAUGGAAAUGUUUAUGUUCUUCGCAAGCAUGAUGCAUCAGUUUGAUGUGCAAAUGGAAGCAGGAGCCGAACCACCAUCAUUAGAAGGCACGGUUGGGGCGACAAUUUCUCCUAAAGCCUUCCGUGUGCGCUUCUUGCCUCGUGUUACACCUAGCGCACCUACCCUUGUGCUUGACAACUCGCAUUUGCGCCAUGUUGGAGCCCACUAA